UCUCACAAAAUGGAGCCAUGAUGGAGGCUUUUCCAGUGAAAAUUAUAGUCUAGGGGAGGCGGCUCGCAGAUCAUUGAUUCGAGGUAGCGGAUUUUCCCGAUCGUUCCUCUGCCGGCGGUAAAAGACAUCGUUACGGCAGCGAUGGCGAUGACGGCUCUGAGAAGAGAGGGGAGGCGCUUCCUUCUCUCUCCCAUCCCACCCAAUCCUUCUACUGCCGCUCGAUCCACGAUGCUUUCGGAAUCUACUGCUUACGAGAUGAGAUGGUUCUUGAUUGUUUCACUUGGUGAUGACUUGAUUAGUGGAGAAGUUCCCAAAUCAAAUAUUCAUAGAAAGAAUCACGGAAGGAGUAGGAGAUCAUUUGUUUUUGUUUGUUCUUUUUUCGUAAACGCUGGUAACAUGAUGCUGUAUUGCAGAGACUUGAGCCUGUUAGGCAUUCGAUCCAUUUCAACUCAAGUAGUCAGAAACCGGAUGAAAAGUGUGAAGAAUAUUCAAAAGAUUACAAAGGCAAUGAAAAUGGUUGCAGCAUCAAAGCUACGGGCCGUUCAGUUGAGAACUGAAAAUUCUCGUGGGCUGUGGCAGCCUUUUACUGCACUUCUUGGGGAUACCCCGAGUGUUGAUGUGAAGAAGAAUGUCAUUGUGACUAUCACCUCUGACAAAGGUCUUUGUGGGGGCAUCAAUUCUACAUCGGUCAAAAUCAGCAAGUCUCUUUACAAAUUGACUUCUGGUCCCGAAAAAGAAACAAAGUAUGUUUUAUUGGGAGAAAAAGGGAAGGUUCAAAUGGUGCGUGACUCAAAGAACAGCAUUGAGAUGACCAUAACUGAGGUGCAGAAGAAUCCAGUAAAUUAUACUCAGGUUUCUGUUCUUGCUGAUGAUAUUCUAAAGAAUGUUGAAUAUGACGCUUUGAGGAUCAUUUUUAACAAGUUCCAUUCUGUCGUCUCAUUUAUUCCAACAAUUUCAACCAUACUAUCUCCGGAGGUAGUGGAGAGAGAGUCAGAAUCAGGUGGUAAACUCGGUGAUUUGGACUCAUAUGAAAUAGAAGGUGGUGAAACGAAAGCUGAAGUGCUUCAGAAUCUUGCAGAGUUCCAGUUCUCUUGUGUUCUGUACAAUGCUGUCCUGGAAAAUGCAUGCAGUGAAUUGGGAGCAAGAAUGUCGGCCAUGGAUAGCUCCAGCAGGAAUGCUGGUGAAAUGCUUGACCGCCUCACCCUCACUUAUAACAGGACCCGUCAAGCAUCAAUUACUACAGAGCUCAUCGAGAUCAUAUCAGGAGCAUCAGCUCUCACUGGCUAGAUCCGAGUUCAUGUGCUUCGGAUGUUCCUUAAGACUAUUCUGUGUCAAGAUUUUGCAAUAAUUGGCCCAGAGAUUGACGAAGUCGUGGGAGUAAUUUGUAAUAUGUUCCUCUUGUUUUACAGUACAUUCCCAAUGGGAUUGACGAUUUCUUUGGUUUGUGUGGAUAUUCCAAUGAUGGUUCAUUAAAAAGUCUUCAGCCUACAGUUAAGCAGGGCUUUUUA